AUGACAACUCGGUCCAAUCCAGAACCACUACUCCCUCUAACCAAUCCGGAGGCCAUCUUAAAAGAAGGACGUCGCCAAGCAAGAUUGGAAAAGGCUCUUAAACAAAAAACUCACGCAACUGGAACAAACAUCGGCGAUCUACCAGCUCUUCCGCCCUCGCCCACGAUGUCGGAAGCCCCGGAAUCAUUGAACAACGGGAAGCCGAUCACUCCAUUGUCGAUGGAUGAAUACCUGAAAGGACUGAUGAAACUGCAACAUCAGAGCAUCGAUCAGGCUAAUAUUGAUCGGAGCGCAGCCCUAGAGAGUUUAAAGUAUGAGCGGGAGCUCCGUCAAGCCGAUGCGGAUCGGAUCGCGAGAUUAGAAGAAGCGGUCCUCAAGAUGUCGAUUAAGCCAGACCCGGGAACAACCUCCAAUCAGGUCGAAAUGGGCCGCAUUGAUCUACAGAGAUUUCGAUUGUCAGAUGGACCCGUCUUCUCCGGUCCAUUUCAAGAUGUCGAACGCUUCAUCACUUGGAUUCGAAGCGUUCAAAUUUUUUUUGCUACAAAGGGCGUUAAGCAUGAAGACAACAAGAUACAGGUCAUCGGCAGUCUCAUUAGGGAGACUAAUAUGAUUGCUUUCUACGCCAGUGGAUUCAAAUGA